UCCUUCUUCCUACCACAGUGUUGCACUGAGAGCCGUCACUCGAGCAGGACCUUCGUGGCGAUGGGGAUCCUCGAGCUCCUCGCUGCUUCUCUCCUCUGACUUUGUCAAUGUCACCGGGUCCAGUCAGGGGACACGUCCAGCUGUUUAGUGCCUAAAAGUGGUCGGAGUGCAGCUUUUGGUUUUUCAUGCCACAAUGGCUGCGACGUAGCGCAACUUUUGGAUCCAGGGUGGAUAAUCGACAGCGGCGCAAACUUUUACGCACUUGUAGGAGACGCCGAGGAGACUUUCAAGCAUGAAGAAGCAGUUUAAUCGCAUGAGGCAACUUGCCAACCAGACUGUGGGAAGGGCCGAGAAAACCGAGGUCCUGAGUGAUGACCUCCUGCAGAUCGAGAGGCGGAUGGAGCUGGUACGCUUGGUGUCACACAACACGCACAAGAGGCUGGUGUCGUGUCUGCAGGGUCAGCUGGGCACGGACACCGAGAAGAGACACAAGAAGCUGCCCCUGACGGCGCUGUCUCAGGCCAUGCAGGAAGGAGGCGGCCAGCUGGGGGACGAGAGUCUGAUCGGGAAGAUGAUGGAUGUGUGCGGGGAGGCUGAAAGUAGGUUAGCCACAGACCUGAUGCAGCACGAGCUGCAGCUUGAGAGAGAUAUUCUGGAGCCUCUCAACCAGCUGGCAGAGGUGGAGAUUCCCAACAUACUGAAGCAGAGGAAGCAACUGGCCAAGCUGGUUCUCGACUAUGACUCUGCUAAGACGAGGUGGUACCAGGCAACAAAGUCCAGCAACCAGGCCAUGGCAGCUAAAGUGGACUCGCUCAAAGACGAGAUGGAAGAAGCGCUCAAUAAAGUAGAAAUAUGCAAAGACCAGCUGUCAGCAGACAUGUACAACUUUGCAUCCAAAGAGGGAGAAUAUGCUCGAUACUACGUCAUGUUAUUAGAGGCCCAGGCAGACUACCACCGGAGGUCUCUGGCAGCUCUGGAGGCAGCUAUACCAACCAUCCAAACACAGCAAGACUCGUGGAUGGAGAAGCCUGCGUUUGGCACAGCGCUGGAGGAGCAUCUGAAGAGGAGCAACCGCGAGAUCGCUCUGCCCAUCGAGGCCUGCGUCAUGAUGCUGCUGGAGACCGGCAUGAAGGAGGAGGGUCUCUUCAGAAUAGCAGCCGGAGCAUCGAAGCUGAAGAAGCUGAAAGCGGCGCUGGACUGCUCCACCUCGCAGCUCGAGGAGUUCUACUCUGAUCCUCACGCCGUCGCUGGAGCCCUGAAGUCCUACCUCAGGGAACUUCCUGAACCUCUAAUGACUUUUGGCCUGUACGACGAGUGGAUACAGGCCUCCAAUGUGUCCGACCCUGACAAAAGGCUUCAGGCCUUAUGGGUGACAUGUGACUGUCUGCCAAAGACUCACAAGGCCAACCUCAGGUAUCUGGUGAAGUUCCUGGCUAAGCUGGCUCAGGACAGUGAGGUGAAUAAAAUGACUCCCAGCAACAUUUCCAUAGUUCUGGGUCCCAACCUGCUCUGGUCGAACGCUGAGGGGUCUCUGGCAGAGAUGGCUGCAGCCACGUCUGUCCACGUUGUGUCCAUUAUUGAGCUCAUCAUCCAGCACGCUGACUGGUUCUUCCCCGACGAGGUGGACUUCAACGUGUCGGGCAUGUUCGCCAUGCCCACCCAUCCGGCCACCCCGGACCCCGAGUUCGGCCUGGACAGGAAACGCCCCGGCAGCCUGGGGCACGACGGGGACAGUCACACCCCCCGUAAAGACAGCUCUGUUAACAAACAGCCGGAGCCCACUCCACGCAGAGCCAGCGCUGUAAAUAGAAAGUCACAACUAACCUCACCCACCUUCCAGCCCCCAUUGCCCCCUCUGGAAGCCGUGGCUCAUCCCCAGCUCGAGCCCCAGCCCCAGCCUCUGUCCCUGGCUGUGGAGGCUGAGCAGUCCGGCCUGAGCGGUGCUGGUGGUGGUGGUGGUCUGGGUGGUGGGGUCCAGGUAGCCACAGUGCAGCUUCAGUUUGUAACCCAGCUCAGCGCAGAGGAGAGCAGCCCGGCCCGUGAGCUCACGUCCACGCCCCCUCCCCAGAGGAACGGUUCGUCCCAUCUGUUAGGAGCCCCCCACUCCCAGGGCGGGUCCAGGGGUCCCAGUCCACACAUGAGCCGCAGAGGCACCAAGAAGCAGGCCCCAGCGCCGCCCAAGCAGGCCAGCCCCUUCGCCUCUGGGCCCAGCAACACCCAGACGCCCGGUUCCCCCCAUCACCCGCCCAUCACCCCCCGCCGUCUGCACAGCAAGGAGGGCCUGAUCCACGCGCCGAGCCACCCGCCCCCGCAGCCCCCCCAGGCCCAGCAGGCCCAGGGGGAGUCAGAGCCCUCUCCGCCCAGCACUCCCACCCCUCCGGACACUCCGCCUCACGAUGGGUCGCACUCCAACCCGCUUUCCUACCACUCCGGGUCUCUGCCUCGCCCCUCCAGGCCGGCGCCGAGGCCACGACCCCGACCCAGCAUGCCACCGCCGCCUCAGCCCGACAACGGUAACGGAGUCUGCGGCUCCGCCUCCAAGAUCAUAACAGACGGAGGCCUGGUCCUGAAGGGGACUGGAAGAGCCUUCAUCCCUGAGGUGAUUGCGGACCAACCAGAGGAGAGCUCUGCUGGUCAGGAGCCCCCCACCACCACCACCACCACCACCACCCUAGCCCUGCAGCAGGACCCUGACAUCAACUCGGAGAGCACCGCUCUGUGAAGAGACAGGAAGCUGCACACCCAGCCGGCCCCAGUGUUCACAAUCACACAUCCGACAGGUAACCCAAAGAUGAGUCCAGCUCUUCAGGCUCCACCCACACGAUGCCAGACUGCUUUCUGGGAACACACAGCUGCCUUUUCCUCUCGACUCAAACCAGAAACCUCAUCCUACAACGGUGGUUUCAACCACAGAACUCCUGUCCAGCGAUCGCUUUCCAUAUUCACCGUGAACUCUUCCUGCUCCAUUUACUGCUGGGUAUUUUGAGAUUGGACUGCAGAGCCUUGCUCGGCACGAGGCUAAUAGGACUUGAACAUAUAACCUCAGCAACAUAGCAGCUGAACUCAAAAGGUGCUGGCAAAGCUUUCUAUCGUCUCCUGUUUCUUUUUAAAAUCUUGCCAUCGAUGCUAAAGAUUGUUUUGGAGACGAAAGUCUGUGAAUCUGCUUCCAGCAACAGAUCUCACCACAGAGGCCCGCUGGUGUUUUUUCAGUUGUUUGGAGAUAUUUGAAUUUUUAACCAGCCACUGAUGAUGUAUUUAUCAUGAAACUGAUUCUUCGCUGACAUUUUCCAGCGUUUCAGUUUCAACUCUCUGAAUGUGAUGUUGAGCUUUUUAGUCACAGACUUCAACAGCUUAUAAUAAAGGACCAAAGGAACGGCUGCGGUUCAGAUUCAGAGCUGAUCGGCUGAUGUUCGGGUUGCUAAUGACCAAAUAUUUGGCAAGAGUGCAAUAAAAGAUGCGGUUGUCUUCCAGCGGUGUCCCACCGCAGCACACACACACUGCCAUGUUUGGUGUUCAGGCAGUUCAUCCAGAUCUACGGUGGAGCUGAACUGUGUUUUCCAUCUGAAUUUUAUUUGAUUCCUACUCACCUGAAUCUGAAAAAAUUUUUAAAGCUCAAUUAUUUUAAUGUUAAAAGGGAUUUUUUUUUUGUCCCCCUACUAAAUAGAAUUUAACUGAUCACUCCAACUUGAAACUCAAAGCUACGACCAAAUACCGCCAAAUCACUGAAAUCGUCACAAACUUUGCCUUUAAGGAUUUUUUCAGCUCUUUGAUUGUUUUUUAUUACUUCUUGGUAUUUUUAUGGUGGUUUUUCUGCACAUCAUGCAUCAUACAGUGCAUCAUUACUCUUGAUAAUUAAAGAUUGUUCAAACUGUU